GAAGUGCCAUUUGACAUUUAAAUGUCAUUUCCAAUUUGACACCCAGCCCAUAUUAAAAUGUCAAAUUCGUCGAUGAAAAAAAAGGCAGUCCAGUUGAUCGAAAUCGGGCAGUUUUCAGCGAAGCCUUACGUAAUUCCAGCGAGCGCGAUGUCCGUUUGAAGAACGCAUAAAUCGAAUCGUUUGUUUAUUUUGAUUUCGAACCGUUUUUUUCGAACCAACCAUGACGAAAGUGUGUCGUUUGUGUUUGAUGAAAUUGCAAAGAGGCUCGAAAUAUUUCAACAUCAACGCCGUGGAAUCCUUCACGGGUUUCAUGCCCUACCGCGACCAAUUGACCACCUGCAUACCCGAAAUGGCGCUCGAUUUGAUACCGAACCCGGUGAUAUGCAAUCACUGUCGCACCGCCCUCAAGUCCGCCUACGACUUCAAAAGCCGUUGCAUGUUCGUCGAAAAGAAGAUUCGCAACUUCCUCGAAGGCCAGAAUUUCCGCGAAUCCAACGAAACCAGCUACGACAUCUCCAUGAUACCCGCCGACGACGUGCCGCCCCUCAACAAAACCGCCCUCGUCCUCUCCAAAACCGACGACGCGGACCCCGACGAGUCGGCCGUGCAGCCCGAGAAGUUCCUAAACAUACAAAGCGAGGAGCCCGGGCAGUUGUCGAACGCGGAGCCCGAGACAGCGGAAUCGGCCGAUCAGUCUGAUGAAGCGAAAGAGGAGUCCCCUUCGGGUUCUGACGCCCUUAAAAUGUACUACAAACCGUUGAAUAAAGGCGGUAGGCCGAGGAUAUACCCCCGACAUAGGAUGACAGUGUCCAGAUUGUACGCGGACGAGGAGUUUGUGUGCAACUUUUGCGCGGAACCAUUCAGGAGUUUGCAGUUGCUUCGGAAGCACAAUACAGUGUGCUCGAAAACUAUUCAAACGGUUUCUAAGAAGAAUAUUAUAGCGAAGCGGCCGCAUUUACCUACAAAAGCGAAGAACCACCUGAAAAAGUGGCUGUUUAAACACACGGAUCAUCCUUAUCCGACCGAUCAAGAAAAGCAAAUGCUGAUGAAAGAAACCAAUCUGUCGCUGUUGCAAGUGGAAAAUUGGUUCAUCAACGCCCGCAGGAGGAUACUGCAGGAUCUGACCAAAUUGAAAAGCCGAGGUUUCCAAACAGAGGACAUAAAUGAUUCUCAUUUGGGUUUAGAUGUGGAUUUCAUGGACCUGGUGCCGCCGAACGCGUUGCGGAAAUUCUGCAGCACGAUCAAAGACCCGUUCGGGGCGGCGCGGGAGAGAAUGGGGGCCGAAACGGACCCGUUGGAGGGGCCCGUCGAAGCGGUCGAAUCGGUCACGUUGCCCGGCCCGCCGGUCCACAUGGUCAAAUUGGAGAAAAUGGACGACGAUGUCGAGGAGAUCAAAGAGGAGGAGGUCGAUUUGAGCGCGGUGAAAAGCGAACUGGCCGUCGAGGAUAAUCGGUAACUUGAUUUUGGGAUUGUCGACUGAGGUAAUUGUAGCUUAAGUUUAUAUAUUUUUGGGAUCGAGAUGUUGGUGGUAUCUAGUACUUAUAAUAUUGUUAUAGUAUUAGGUAUCUACUUUGAUUAUUCAGAUAACCGUGAGAGAUCUGAUUAACGGAGGUUCUACUAUUGUUGUUAUAUUGGAUUAUACAGAAUGUCGCAUUGUAAUUAAUAACAUUUUUGUUGUGUGUUUAUGAACAAAAGGGAAAUAUGUUUUUUUUUUGGAUUAUCACGAAAUUUGUUCAUUUCGAACAAAUUUGUUAAUAAAUCGUAUAGACGUUCUCUAAGUAGAGGGUAAGUUUAUUGGAAUAAGCGGUUGAAGAUAGAUUGUUUUUAAUAUAUGUUUUUUUUUGUAAAGAAUAAAUUACAUUUAAUGUUAAGUUAACGGUAACUUUUUCGUAAUUAUGAGAAAUGUAUUAUAAUUUUACAAUAAUAUAGGGAUAGUGGUCAUUGAUUUAAUGUGCAGCCCACACGGUAAUGUGUAUAAAAUUUACGAUUUAGCAUUUUUACUCGACUUUAGGGUUUUUUUUUUUUCUGGAAAAGAAGUUAUUUUUUUAUUUUACCUUAUUUUACGCAAAUUAUUCACUCGCUUUAAAUUUAUUUCCUACUAUAUUUUGUAUAUUAUAAAAAUAUCGCAGUAGAAUUUUGAAAAAUUUUGUUGAAAAUCGAAAAAUCUACCGCGAUAAUUGUAUAAAUAU